AUGGCUACAGAUGUUCAGGCAAAGUUGACAUAUCUUCAAUGGCAGCCCAGCUACACCCACACACGGCCAUAUCGCAUUGGCCAGUUCGUUGGACGGAGAAAAUCUAACAAAGCAAAACCGCGAGAAAAGACAACCAACUUGGUAUUCUGCGAGGCUGGACAUGCGGAAACUAUAAAAGAUGUUCGGGGAUUUACUCCGUUUAAUCUUGACGCAAACGGCUUUGUCUACUUGAAAUGUCCGCGGCCUGCUCUUGCAAAUGCAUACGACUACUCGGACCCUGAAAAGAUUGAAAAUAUCUUUUUGCCGGAGUGCGAAGGUAUCUUGAGACGUCAUGUUGAGGGGGCUGAUGAGGUUAUGAUUUUUGAUUGGAAGAUCAGAAAGAGAAAGAGUGCGAAGGACAGACGAAGGAGAAAUCCAAAUCUGCAGGGCUUUGCUCGGCAGGUCCAUAUCGAUACACUCCUAACUCGAGACGAGAUCGGAACUCCAAUGAUGGAGCGCAUUCGAAACCAUCUCCCUGCAGAAUCCCACCACCUUCUUUCCGGACGAGUCCAACUAAUCAAUUUCUGGCGACCCAUAAGCGGCCCGAUUGAGGACCACCCGAUUGCCGUCUGUGAUAGACGAACCCUGGACACAUCGACCUUGAUCGAAACUGAUAUGAUACGCGGUGAUUAUAAUGGCACCAUGCUCUAUCCGCAGUACGAGCCGAAUGGUACUUGUCAGUGGUACUAUAUGAGCGGACAAGACGCAGAGGAUGUGCUUCUUUUCAAAGGGUUUGAUACGAGGGAAGGUAGUGUCAAAUACACUCCUCAUACAUCAUUUACACCAUUGAAUUGCUCCGAGACCCCGUCUCCUAGGGUCAGCGGUGAGGUGAGAGCGUUGGUCUUCUCGAACGGAGAGUGA